AUGGCUGAAGCAAUUAUUUCUGGUGUCUUGCAGCAGUUGAUUUCAAUCAUUGUUGAAGAAGCAAAGCAAAAGGUGAAGCUGGUUGUCGGUAUCGACAAUGAAGUCAAAAAGCUUAGUAGCAAUCUGGAAGCUAUUCAAGCUGUGCUGGUUGAUGCAGAGGAAAGACAAGUGAAAGAGAAAACUGUAGAACUUUGGUUAGAUCGGCUCAAACAGGCUUCCUACAACAUUGAAGAUGUGUUGGGUGAGUGGAACUAUGCCAUUCUAAAACAAAAAAUUGAGGGAGUUGAUGAUGCUACCGUUCCUAAGAAGAAGAAGGUGUGUUUCUUCUUUCCCUCCUCUUGCUUUUCAUUCAAACAAGUUAGUUUGCGUAAAGACAUUGCAAUCAAGAUAAAAGAAGUAAAUGAUAAUCUAGAUGACAUUGCGAAACAAAAAGAGAUGUAUGGUUUUAAUGCAAUUAGAAAGGCUGAAAAAUUAGAACGAGUACAAACUACUUCAUUUAUUGAUGUGUCUGAGAUAUGCGGUCAAGAUGAUUGUAAGAGUAUUUUAAUACAUAAGUUGUGUGCAAGCAGUGAGCAACACCUCCCUAUCAUCUCUCUUACAGGGAUGGGAGGUAUCGGUAAAACAACUCUUGCUCAAUUUGCUUAUAAUCAUGAUAUGGUGAUUAAUAGUUUUAACAAAAGAAUAUGGGUAUGUGUAUCAGAACCUUUUGAUGAGUAUAGAAUUGCUAAAGCAAUUAUUGAGUCUUUAGGAGGUUCAACUAAGGAUUUAAGUGAAUUGCAAUCUCUUCAUCAACAUAUUAGUACAUUAAUCCAAAGAAAUACAUUUUUUUUGGUGUUAGAUGAUGUGUGGACUGAGGAUUAUAAAAAGUGGGAACCAUUGUAUCGUUGUUUGAUGAAUGGUGUCCAUGGAAGUAAAAUUUUAGUUACAACACGCAAGGAGUCGGUUGCAAAAAAGAUGGGUUCGAUUGAUAUUAUCAAUGUUCAGGGGUUGAGUGAUGAUGAAUGUUGGUUGUUGUUUAAGCGAAUAGCAUUUUUUGGUAGGCCUUUUGAGGAAUGUGAAAGACUAGAAGAGAUUGGCAAAAAGAUUUCGGGCAAGUGCAAAGGUUUGCCUCUUGCUGCAAAGACAUUAGGAAGUCUCUUGCGCUUUAAAAAACGUUGGGAAGAAUGGAAACGUAUCUUAGGUAGUAAAUUAUGGAAACUUGAAGAAAUUGAAGAAGAUGUUUUCCAACCAUUAUUAUUGAGUUAUAAUGAUUUGCCUUAUACAAUAAAAAGAUGUUUCUUAUAUUGUGCUAUCUUUCCUAAGGAUUAUGGAUUAGGAAAAAAUGAAUUGAUUAAACUAUGGAUGGCUCAAGGAUAUGUUAAAGAAGAAGAAGAUAAGGCAAUGGAGAUAGUUGGAGAAGAGUAUUUUGACUGUUUAGCUUCACGAUCAUUAUUCCAAGAGUUUAGAAAAGAUGAUGAAAAUAAUGUGAUUGGAUGUAAGAUGCAUGAUUUAGUGCAUGACUUUGCUCAAUUUUUAAAUAAGAAUGAAUGUGUCCACAUAGAAGUUGAUGAUUCUAAAGAGCCACUUUUAAACUCUUUUAAUAGUGAAAAAGUUUGCCAUGUCAUGAUAACAGUUUGUGAUGAAGAUUUAUUUCCUGAUUCCAUAUUUAGUUUAAGAAAGAUGCACAGUUUCUUAUGUAAUAAGAACGAUAUUAGGUAUUCAUUGCCUUUUAAUAUCUUACCAAAAUUAUUUGGUGAAUUAACAUGUUUAAGGGCAUUAAGUUUUUCACCUGGGUAUAUGGAAAGUUUGAGCGAAGACAUUCCUAAAGAGGUAGGAAAAUUGAUGCAUUUGAGAUAUCUUAAUUUGAGUGGCUUAGGCAUGAGAAAACUUCCUGGAGCAUUAUGUGACAAGUUGGGAAAUGUACUAGAUGUGGAGAAGGUUAAAAGAUCAGAAAUAAAGAAUCAAAAAAGCCUCAUUGGUUUGUUGCUAAAUUUCGAAAAAAAGGUUGAUGGAAGAGAGAGGAGAAACGAGGAGGAUGAAGUACUUCUUGAAAUCCUACAACCAUCUUUAAAUUUGGAGAAAUUACGAAUAUGGAGUUACAGAGGCAACACUAUUUUGCCCAACUGGAUGUUGUCCUUAACCAAGCUCAGACACUUAAUACUUAAUGGUUGUAGUAACUGUAAGUAUUUGCCUCCCUUGGGAGAAUUGCCAUCCCUUGAAUAUUUAAAUAUAAGAGAAAUGGACAGUUUGAAAAGUGUGAGUAAUGAAUUUUUGAGAAAAGAAAAUGACGGCACAUCUUCAUCAUCUGUUUUCUUUCCUAAAUUGAAAAGAAUUGAAUUUUGGAGUAUGCUUGAGUGGGAAGAAUGGGACUACGAGAUUACUAGAAUUGGGGAAAAAGAAGAAGCGAUGGAUACAAUGUCAGAUCUUACAGAGCUUGGAAGAACUCCAGUAGCAGUCAUCUCUGCUGGUGUAAAGUCCAUUUUAGAUAUUCCAAGGAUACCAGUUCAUUUCCAAUAUCUGUAA